AAGGUGAUGAUUUGAGAGGAGCACAGUUGGGUUUGUUUUCCCCUCGCUUUGCUUUUGGGUAUUGCAUGAGCUUUUGUUGUAGGGCAUUUGUGGGCUUUACAAGAUGAGGGAGUUGUUGGUGCUUGGCUAUUUGGUAGGUGGCCUUUUUUGUUCCGAGUCUCUAGAUUUCCCAGGUACAACAUCUUGCUAUAAUGAUAAAGUACAGCUCCAGCUUCCAAAGGAACUUGAGACCAACCAUUCGUGGCAAGUGAAAACUCUUGGUGCAGCUGGGGAAGAAGCAGGUGAUUGUGACUAUGCUGUGGACAAUAAAACACAGAUACUAACUAUUCUCUACAUCAAGUGCACUAAACUGGAGAAUGCCAAGCACCAUCUACGGCUCGAAGUGACGGGGCCUUUGAAGAACCUGACUUACAACGUGGACUGUGAUGUGCUCCAGGCUGAUGAAACCUCUUUGCCAAGAAGUGUGACCAGUGCUACUAACUGUACCAAAGAUUUCAUGGCUGUUGUGUUCCCAAGACUCAUCCCCAGCUUGCACGAUGAGCAUAUGGCGGUGGAGGCGCCAAUGGAGUGGGUUGUGUCAAUAGAAGACAGAACGAGAACACACACGCUCAACCGUAGGCAAGCCAUGCAGCAGGGAUACACUUUCCUAACAGAUGGCAAGCAUAUCAUCUUCCAAGUCUCUUUUGAUGCUACUGGGGUUGCCGCUUACAAGCAAGAUGGUGGUGUGCUCUACACAGUGGCGCUGAAGCUUACCUAUGGGCCUCCGGAACGACGUCUGACUGUGGAAUCGAGAAUGGUUUGUGCUCCAGGCCCAGCAACAUGUAACUCCACACACAUGAUGAUUGCCAUCCCAGCAUUCCCAGGAACACUGUCUGCCAUCAGCCUCGACAAUAAGAACAUUCCACUGAGCCAGCAUCAACCUAAUGGAGUCAGUGUGGACCUAAGAAGAGGUGUGAAGCUGUAUAUCAACAAGAAGGUCCUGAAGUCCAGGAUCUACAGAGAUGACGGCUGUUCAGGCUUCCAGCCUUACGCUUCCUCGCUCAAAUUGAGUUUUGGCUUCCAUGGUGAAAUGGCGACUGUGAUUACCUACCCUGAGUGUCCUUGUGAGCAAAAUGCACCACUGGCUGCCACCUGCACAGAAGAUGGUCACAUGGAUUUCGAAAUCUCUAGCAGCAGCACUAAACCUGCGCUAAACCUGGAUACCGUCCAGCUCAAAGAUCCCACCUGCAGGCCACUCUUCAGAUCACCUUCUGGUGACACAGUUCAGUUUCACGUACCCCUCAAUGGCUGUGGGACCAGGCAAAGGUUUGAUGGUGAUAAGAUGGUGUAUGAGAAUGAAGUGAGUGCCCUGUUAAUGGACCUUUCACCAAGCAGGAUAUCUAGAGACAGCGAAUUCAGGCUGACCGUGGUCUGCUUCUACAGCAAUGACGAUGCUUCGCUGCAUGUCAAGGUAAUCAGCCUUCCUCCUCCAGAGCUGGUCAUCAACCAAGGCCCCCUCUCCUUGAUCCUCCUUCUCUACCCAGAUGACUCCUACCUCCAGCCUUACAGCGAGAGUCAGCAUCCUGUUGUGAAGUAUCUGCGGCAGCCCAUCUUCUUGGAAGUUCAAGUCCUUCACCGCAAUGAUCCCAACAUCCUCCUGGUGCUAGAUGGCUGCUGGGCAACGCUGUCUCUAGAUCCCGCCUCCCUCCCACGUUGGGACAUUGUGGUGGGUGGCUGUGAUUAUGAGCUUGAUGCCUACAAAACGGUGUUCCAUCCACUGGGCCGGGGGGUUGCGCAUCCCAACUUUCGCCAGAGGUUUGAAGUGAAAGCUUUUGCCUUUGUUUCAGGUGGCAAAGCUUUCCCUAGCCUGGUCUAUUUUCACUGCAGUGCCCUCCUCUGUGACAAACUUCAGCCAGAUUCCCCUCUCUGCUCAACAAGGUGUCCUCCUCCCAGAAGCAGAAGAGGUAACUGCUAUCCUUUGCUCACUUUCCUGGGAGAAGACAGACCCCAUUGA